UCUUUACAACGAAACAUUUAAGAAAAGAGGAAGUUAUUUAGACGAGUAAUAUCUCAUAAUAAACCGUCAGUAAAAAUGGCUACCUCUGACCAACAAUGUUUGGAUUUAAAGGAUACCUUUGGAUCAAAAUGCCAUGAAGAACGAAAGAAUUCGAGACUCGGAAAAAGAACAGAAGAAGAAAUAAGAGAGGAGCAUCGGACUUUGAGGGUGUUACACAAACUCGAGGGACUCGAGGAACAUCAAAACCAGCUUUUCAAGGUCGUAACAUCAAUAGAACGCGUAGUAUGCAGAACAACGUCAGAGGAGGGUCAAGAGAUUGACAAUCAUUCCCACGACCAGAGUCAUACAAGAUUUUGUGCACCUAGUCAUCUUAGUGUCGACGCAAACAGCCUUACACAGGAACAGAUAUCCCUCCAGCUAGAUGAGAAGAAUCAAAAGAUUGAAAACUUGAAUGAAACAGUUGAAGAACAUAAAGAGCAAAUAGUCGUUUUGAAAGGUGAAGUCAGACAGCUCUCGGAAGAAAGGGAUCAGUUAAGUGGAGAUAGUGAGACAAACAAGGCAAGGAUAGAAGAACUUCAAACAAAGGUUACAGUCAAAAAUGAAAAGAUAAAAGAAAUCAAAAAAGAAAAGAGUGCCUUAAUAAAAAGUAUUGAGGAAAAUCACGGUGCUGUAAAAGAGCUUACGAUACAACUGAAAUAUAAGACUAAUUUGGUACAGCUACAAUGGGAAUUGCAUAAGCUGAGUGACACAGCCGAGCAGAACAGUAUUCUAAAAGAAAGAUGUUCAAUUGUGGAGGAAGAGCAAGCGAAAAAAGAUGUUGAAAUAGAAGAUUUAAAAAGAGAAAGGGAAGAUGUAUAUGCCGAGAUGAACGCACAAAGAAUUGGUCGAGAAGAUCAUUCCAAGGAGCUGCAACAGAAAACAGACGAAAAUGGCAUUCUACGGAACCAACUGUCCGAAAAAGAAACCAGAACAAAAGUCGAACUUGAAGAAGCAUCAUGUGAAAUGGCUAAAGUCCUUGAAAAAUUGGCUAGUGCAGAGUCUGCAUUAUUGGCGGGAGCUGAAGCAUCCAAAAUCACUGCAAAAAAACAAGAAGAGUUAGAUUUAGCAAAAAAGGAAAUCGAGCAACUCAGAAAAGCAAUCAAACGAGAAGACGAUGAGAAGGAAAAAAAGACAGUCGAGCUAGACGAAACAUCAUUGGAAAUAACUUCCCUUGAUCCUCAACCGGAACAGUCUUCGUAAGAUGCAGGGAAGGAGUUUAUCAACUGGACAGGGAUUUGCAAAAUGGGCUGUCUCUUGCACGAAGGCUCCCACGAGGAGUUUGCCUCGAAUUUAAUAGCGAUUUAUUAUAUUACUUUUAAAACGUUUCGAGUUAGGGUCAAUGACGUCCUUUCAAUGUUCAGUGUGAUAUGCCCCGUUAUGGUUAAUGGAACCAUUAGAAAAAGCUUAUUUGUGAAUAUCAGUUAUUUUACAACCCAGUUGUAUAUACUGUUUAUCCAGAAUUGUACUUUGGUCUUAAUUGGUUAAAUUUGUUACUCUACUUUUUGAUUUUGAAUUUCACUUGAUGUCCGUUCGUUGUUGAUCACAUCCUUGUAACACCCCAGUUUAUCAAAAAUAAAAUCUUGAAAAACGCCA